GAGUUUGGACGUAGAUGGCAGCAUGCCGUAAAAAAUCGAGCGAGUCUAAUCUGGAUUUUAAUAGAAUUCAAGUAAAUUACUCUGAUUUGCGAUGGUUUGGAAUCUCGUUUACAUCUUGACUGUUCAAACAUUUUAGUGAAAUAGCGAACAUUAUCCUGUUUGUUACAUCACGUGACCAUAUCCAGUCAUGAACAAGGACCAACUCUCCACUUCUGUGAACUCCUUGCUGGAGUUGGACAACAUCUCGGUGAACCCCAGCUACUCGGCGUCAGAAGAGGAGAGCGAACGGGUAGGGAUGGAAGAACUUGACACAGAGAUGGAUGGUGAAGGGAAGAAGAAAAAGAAACAGAAAAAGAGAAGGAGAAAGAAAGGAGACUACGUGGAGAAUGAAGACAGUUGUGCGGAAUUUGAAGUGAGAGCUCAGGUCGAGUCCGGGGACCCUUCCAACGAUUCUGGAUUAGCUGUUCAGAAGGGUUUGAAGGGAAGGGACCCAUCGCCUGCCAAGAGCGGCCGUGGCCUGAUGGUGCGGAAGCUCGAGUCCGGUGGUCGCUUCCGCACCAAGCUGGGUGGGGGCACCAGUCCCCUGAGCGGACACCCUGCCAAACUGUCCAGCACCUUCCCCAGGGAGGGGCAGAAGACCUUGGUCGAUGGAGCCAUGACGGCCAAGACCAGGAGGGGUUCGGCUAGUGCUCUCCAUGGUAGCCCCGCACAGGACGGCAUGAGCAGGAAGGACUCCAGUGGAAUGGACAAGCUAGGAAGACAUGGGUCCACAGAUUCAGGUCAGGGCGAGACUCCACCACAUCACUUUGCAAGGAAAGAUGCAGGAGGCAAAGACAAGCAAAAGAAGGGGAAGAAUGGGGGAAAGGAUAAGAAGCAAGGGAAGAAGGACGGACAGCCGUUAUCUCCCGACCAACCCACAGAUUCAUCCGGUGCUACACCUAAGAAGCAAUCAUUCAAGCCGUUCAACAACUACUGGAUUCAAGAAGACGUGACCAAAUUUAUGAAACAAGGCAAAGUGGUGAAGGGGACGCUACGGAUCAACCCCAAGAACUUUGAGGAAGCGUAUAUUGAUUCACCAGAUGGUGGUGCCGAUAUCUUCAUCGAUGGUCUUCACGCCCGCAACAGGGCGCUUCAGGGUGACGUAGUAGCAGUGCAGAUCCUUACCGGGGAAGUGAUCAUGACGCCCAAGUCACAGAGGAUGAGUACUCCGAGGAAACUCCUUGCCAACCAGCCAAUCAUUGCCGUCUCAGAGAGCCCAGACAGGCUGGGUUCAUCAACCCCAGGCUCCUCCACCCCCAAGAAGGUGGGAGGAAGGUACUUCUUUGGUAGUCAAGGAGACUUUGACACAAGUAGCCUGAAUGAGCUUGAUGUAACAGACAACAUGAGUAGCUUACAUCUCAAUGACUCUGAGGCAGCGUUUGGUUUCGCUGACGUCUCGGCUACAUCAGGUGAAGAGCAGGACAAGGUUGGAGACUUGGUACGCAGGGAGUGGUCUGACGCCAGGUCCGAGGUUUCAUCAAGUAGUGAAGUGGUAGAAGACACACCCCGUACGCCAAGCAACAACAAGGGAUCCUCAACCAGUGGUGGUGGCACACCUCAGAAAUUCCGUGGAACGCUUGAAGACGAUCCCCGAAUGGCACCCAAGACAGGGAGGGUCGUGUACAUCUGUGAAUACAAACAUUCCAGAGCAGCCAGUGGUCAUCUAAAGCUUCCAUCUAACCCGAAAGCCCCUGAUGUGAUGUUCGCACCUACUGAUCACCGCGUCCCAAGGAUACACAUCCCCAGGAACGAGUGCCCAGCAACGUUUAUUCAGCGACCCCAGGACUAUGCAAACACACUCUUCAUUACACAGAUAAUCAAUUGGCCCUCCACCUCGCCGUUCGCAAAGGGGCAUUUGACGAGCAGUAUUGGACAGGCUGGCGAGGUAGAGGCGGAAACAACAGCAAUGCUGAUUGAGCAUGGAAUCAAUAGUUCUGAGUUUUCUGCUGAGGUUCUGGAAGACCUUCCGAAAGAACGCCCCUGGAGGAUACCCGCGGAGGAGUUGACGCAGCGACGUGACCUGAGGCCAGAGUGCAUCUUCACCAUUGACCCGACCACAGCAAGAGAUCUAGAUGACGCGCUGCACUGCAAAGCUUUAGGAGACGGUAUUUAUGAGAUGGGUGUUCAUAUAGCCGAUGUCAGCUACUUCGUCAAGGAAGAUACCAGCUUAGACAAGGCUGCAAGCCUCAGGGCUACGAGUGUGUACCUCGUCCAGAAGGUGAUUCCUAUGUUGCCAAGAUUACUAUGCGAGGAGCUAUGUAGUUUAAAUCCCAACGAGGAAAGACUUACCAUGUCUUUUGUAUGGCGAAUGACAGAGGAAGGAGAGAUCCUUCACGAGUGGUGCGGCCGUUCAGUCAUCCGUUCCUGCGUCAAACUAAGUUAUCUGCACGCCCAGGACAUUAUAGAGAACUGGACGGAGAAAGGAGACGACAUUGUGCUUCCAGACAUCACCAAUGGCUUCAGUAGGAAAGAUGUAGCCCUAGCUGUCCUCAAUAUGCAGAAGAUUGCUCUAAACCUACGCAAGAAGCGUUUUGAUGGAGGUGCUCUUCGACUGGACCAAGUCAAACUACAGUAUUCAUUGAAUAGUGAAACAGGACUUCCUAAUGGUUACUCAGUCUACCAACAAAGAGACAGCAAUAGAUUGGUUGAGGAGUUCAUGUUACUAGCGAACAUGGCAGCAGCUCACCGAAUCUACAAGGCGGAACCACAGAGGGCGUUCCUGAGGCGACACCCACCUCCCAAGGACAAGAUGAUGGAUGACCUCGCGACACUCUGCGAUGGGCUUGGUAUGGACAUCGAUGGAACAACAGCCGGCAAACUCCAGGCCUCAUUGAACAAGUAUUGCACUUCAGAUGAGCAGGCCAAGCAUUUACUCAAGGUGCUAACAGUCCUAUACUCCAAACCAAUGCAGAAAGCAAGAUAUUUCUGCUGUGCCAGUCUGGAGGACGAGGAGAUGUACCGUCACUAUGCACUCAACGUCCCCCUCUACACCCACUUCACAUCGCCAAUCAGAAGAUACCCGGAUAUUCUUGUACACAGAAUGCUUGCUUCAUCUCUUGGUUGUGGUCCUGUAAUGGAGAGAGACCCAGAAAGACUACAGAGGCAAGCAGUGAGGUGUAACGAUGCUAAAGAUUCAGCCAAAGAAGUUUCAGAUAAAAGCAGUGAACUCUUCUUUUGCCACUUCGUUAAGCAAUGUGGACCUCUGGUGGAGAAAGCCAUGGUAAUGUCCGUACUAGAUCGCUCGUUUGAUGUCCUGAUAAUCAAUCUCGGUCAAGUCAAGAGAGUUUACUGCAAUGCUAUACCUCUAAAGAAGGUAACUGCCGUACCCAUCGGCAAGCACCACGAGUUGACCUUGGAAUGGAAGGAUGAAGCAGGGUCAAAGGGCGUGACCCAGGUCAUCAAGAUCUUUUCACAAGUUACUGUGGAACUGAUAGCUGACAGGAUGCCAAUGAAAUACAAGGCUAUUCUGCAAAGGCCUGGCAGUUCAUCAUAACUCACAGCCAACUCCCUAAAGGUACAUCAUGUUUUCCUUGCCCUACAUGUAUAUGUGUAUGUAUAUGUAAAUGCAGCUAUUUAUUGCAUAUAUAUGCUGCACAUUGUAAUAUGUAUCAAGUAAGACUGACAAUCUAUAUGGGCAAUGCCGAAUACAAUGCCCUCUUUGAAUGUCAUCUUCGAAUGUCCUCUUCGUAUGUACCGGUAUCAGAACUUCCAACUACUAUUGAUUUUCAAUAAUUAGUAGUGAAAAAAAGUGAGGAGAAUACUGGUGGUUUCAUGCACAAUACUGAUUUCUUAAGUUUCAGUUCCGUGCAUUGAUUUAUGGUAUUUCUUUUAAAAAUACUGAUCUCUUCACCAAAAUACUUGUAUCAACUACCAGUACACUCUUUCUGAAUGCAGAUUCAGUUUGGAAAUUCAUGUCGGUGUGUUCAUUAUUUUUUAAGCAUUGCUCAGAUUAGCUCUGUUCAAGAAUAAUCUAUGCUAAGUAUCACGAUUUAUUGCCCUAAGUUUCAUAUUUCAUGUUUUGAUAAGUCGUUCAAACAGCUGAACUAAUAGAAAAGAAAUUGUGAUUCAGCCUCCAAUAUAAAGCGUUAGGGGUGUUAUGAAAGUGAAAAUGAAAAUCCACAUUUUAUUGUUCAAAAUGACAUCUGAAAUGAAAAUAUUCCAGAAAUUCUUUUUGCCCAGUUGAUUUUGGGCGCGGCAGCCACUGUGCAACGCUAGAUCGAUGUAGCUCUAUCCCUUGAAUUGUUGAACGCCAAACAGGGUAGCAGCAACUCCCAUCUUUUAAUUUCUUUUGGGUCUGACACGGCCGGGGCUUGAACUCCCAACCUCCCGGUUGUGAGACUAAUGCUCUACCAACUGAGCCAAUGCACCGGUUGGUGCCGAUGUGUCGAGGUUGGUCUGUGAGGAGCUUUUGGAUCAGAUGAUUGCCUAACCAUCUACCGGGAUCAACCUUGGCACUUUCAGCAUACAUCCAUGACAUGUUUGUUUGGGUUUUACAACCAUGAGACCUGUUAAGAGUCUAAGAAUAAGGAUUGUAGAGCACUUCGGCAACCAGAAGUAAAUGACGGUCCCGAGUCCGACCGAAUUUGUGCUUUCCGAUUGAUUAUCGCAUGACUGACUUGGUUUACUUGGUUGUUGAUACUUGAAGCAUAAAGCAUAUGGGCCCACCGUGACAAUCAUGACGCUAUUUGCGUUGGUAAGGGGUAUAUCAUAUUAGUCAGAAAGGCUUGCUUGACAGACAGCUUACUACGUGCAAGUAAAUAAGCCUUUUUAUAAAUCGCGUGGGAUGUAAUCUCCCCAUGAUUCAGCACUUUUUUAUCCAUUUGACAAUGCGGCUAUAUAAUUACAUGUGCUGCUAGAAUCUAAAUGUUUUUUCAGUGUCAGGUAUCAGCAAAUUAUUAUCUGCAUCCUAUCAGAGAUGCAAAUACUUGAAGCUUGUAAGAGUGGUGUACAGCAUUUCAUUGCUCAUUUGCACAAAUAUUGAAUGAUUUGAUAACUUGGCCCCAUCUUACAAAGAGUUGUGAUUUUUCCAAUCAACCACAACUCUUGAAAGCCAGCAACAACAAUUAUUAUUAUUAUUAUUAUUAUUAUUAUUAUAAAGUCUUGUUUAUCCAGGGUAGCCUCAUCAGUGACACACACUUUCCUUCCAGAGGGCCCUGCUACAUUUAAACACAUAC